AUGUCGGUCUGGAAAAAUGAUCAACAAGCUCUCCGUCUAAGGUGGCUUUAUAUAACUGGAGGCAUUAUUUUCAAAGCAUCCAUGAAGAACAGAAUUUUUGCUUAUCUGAACUACAGAGUGCCCCGGACUCGGAAGGAAAUAUUUGAGACUCUGAUAAAAGGAUUACAGAGGCUGGAAUACAGAGGCUAUGACUCUGCAGGUGUGGCAAUUGAUGGAAAUAAUAAUGAAGAUAAAGAAAGGUUCAUCAAACUAGUUAAGAAAAGAGGAAAAGUAAAGGCCCUGGAAGAAGAGUUGUACAAACAAGAUAGCCUGGAUUCAAAAGCAGAUUUUGAAACACACUUUGGAAUAGCUCAUACUCGCUGGGCGACGCAUGGAGCACCCAGUGCAAUAAACAGCCAUCCUCAGAGAUCAGAUAAAAAGAACGAAUUUGUCGUAAUCCAUAAUGGAAUCAUCACAAAUUAUAAGGACCUGAGAAAAUUUCUGGAGAGCAAAGGUUAUGAAUUCGAGUCUGAAACGGAUACAGAAACGAUCCCCAAAUUGAUCAAAUAUGUAUAUGACAACAGAGAGAGUGAGGAUACCAGUUUCUCAGCCUUGGUAGAAAGAGUUAUUCAACAGCUGGAAGGUGCUUUUGCAUUGGUUUUCAAGAGCAUCCAUUACCCAGGUGAAGCUGUUGCUACCAGGAGAGGAAGUCCUUUGCUUAUUGGGGUUAGAAGCAAGUAUAAGCUUUCCACUGAACAGAUUCCUGUUUUAUAUAGGACAUGCAAUAUUGAGAAUGUAAAGAAUAUAUGUAAUUCCCGAAUGAAAAGGCUGGACAGCUCUACCUGCCUGCAUGCCGUUGGGGAUAAGGCCGUAGAAUUUUUCUUUGCCUCAGAUGCAAGUGCUGUCAUUGAGCACACCAACAGAGUAAUUUUCUUAGAAGAUGACGACAUUGCAGCAGUAACUGAUGGGAAGCUUUCAAUCCAUCGGCUUGAACGUUCAGCUAGUGAUGAUCCUUCCCGGGCCAUCCAGACCUUGCAGAUGGAAUUGCAGCAAAUCAUGAAGGGUAACUUCAGUGCAUUCAUGCAAAAAGAAAUUUUUGAACAGCCAGAAUCAGUUGUCAAUACUAUGCGAGGCAGGGUGAAUUUUGCGAGCAGCACAGUUCUGCUGGGUGGUCUGAAAGAUCACUUGAAAGAAAUCAGAAGAUGCAGAAGACUGAUCAUUAUUGGCUGUGGGACCAGUUUUCAUGCUGCAGUAGCUACUCGACAAGUACUGGAAGAACUAACUGAGUUACCUGUGAUGGUGGAGCUUGCUAGUGACUUCCUGGAUAGAAACACACCUGUAUUCAGAGAUGACGUGUGCUUUUUUAUAAGUCAGUCAGGCGAAACUGCAGAUACACUUAUGGCCUUGAGGUAUUGUAAAGAACGUCGUGCUCUAACAGUUGGCAUCACAAACACAGUUGGAAGCUCAAUAUCCAGGGAGACUGACUGCGGUGUACAUAUCAAUGCAGGCCCUGAGAUAGGUGUGGCAAGCACAAAGGCUUAUACCAGCCAGUUUGUGUCUCUUGUAAUGUUUGGCCUAAUGAUGUCUGAAGACAGAAUUUCCUUGCAAAAAAGAAGACGGGAAAUCAUUAGCGGACUACAAUCAUUGCCAGAGAUGAUUAAGGAAGUCUUGUCCCUGGAUGAGAAGAUACAUGAUUUGGCUCUUGAACUGUACAAACAAAGAUCACUGCUGGUUAUGGGUCGUGGAUAUAAUUACGCCACUUGUCUGGAAGGAGCUCUGAAAAUCAAAGAAAUCACCUAUAUGCACUCUGAAGGCAUCCUGGCUGGUGAGCUGAAACAUGGGCCACUAGCCCUAAUAGAUAAACAAAUGCCGGUUAUCAUGGUGAUAAUGAAGGAUCCUUGCUUCACCAAAUGCCAGAAUGCUCUGCAACAGAUCACGGCUCGACAGGGUCGCCCAAUCAUUCUGUGUUCCAAAGAAGACACAGAAAGCUCAAAGUUUGCCUACAAAACAAUUGAGCUGCCUCAUACGGUUGACUGCCUUCAAGGAGUCUUGAGUGUUAUUCCCCUCCAAUUGCUUUCGUUCCACCUGGCUGUUCUCAGAGGAUACGAUGUGGACUUUCCAAGAAAUUUGGCCAAAUCUGUUACCGUAGAAUAACAGCCAAGAAAAGUGGAUGUUUUUGUCACCAGACCUCUAAGUUAUAACUCUAUAAAUGUGUGUGGUGUUUUUUUUUAAACUUGAUAGGUACACAUUUUUCUAAAGAGAAUGACAAUGCUAACUGGAAAGUGUCAGAAGGCUUUAUCUUCUUUUUAUGCAGCUUUAAAAGCUUUUGAUGUGCCUUGUACCCAAGUGCUUUUGCUCACAGCAAACGUUCCUCUAAGUUCUGAAAUUGCCAAAGGAGAAGAUAAAAAUCAUUGUUUACACAUGGUAUACUGAAUGAAGUUUUCUACUGUGCAAUAUAUAUAUAGAGCUCUCAUUAGAGCAACUGUGAACAUUUUUUUUAGCCUUCACUACUUAAUUAGUUUUAAAGAUAUAGUAUUUAUAAGUACAAUUGUAUAGCUUUUUUAAGUUAUUUUUUUUAAGUAUGUUGCUUAUCUUGUAGCAUUGAUAAUGCUCAGAAUGUAAAUACUGAGCACACUGACACUUGUGUCUGGUUGUUAGGUUUUUCCUGCUUCAGCCUCAAACGGCAAAUCUGUUGUCCUUUUUCCUCCUCGGCUUGCCCUCCCACUUUGCAUCUGUGUUUGUAUUUAACCAGUCUGUUCCAAAGCUCUUCUGUGGCUGUAAAUUGCCAGCUAUGUCUUAAAGUCAUGCUUCUUUCAACGAACUAUUUGAAAAGCCAGAGCAACAGUUUGCUUUGUAUGCUGCCCCAGCUCUUAUUUGCAUAACAUGUACAGUGCAACAAAAUAAGGGAACUGGAUGUCUUUCAAGCGAUACUUCUGUUUGACGAGUUUACGAUGAAAUUACUAUGCAAUUAAAGAAAAGAUGAUGUAAAUUCUUGCUGUUUGUUUUUUUCUUUUCCCAUCUGACUCCUCCUCCUUUCAGUCUGAACAUGAUACAAUACUGCAAUACUCUUAUGCCAGUAGGAGAGACAGUGCUCCCCUAGCUUUGCCUAAACCCUGGUAUCAAGAGUUCUUUCUCUUCUGUUGCUUGAGGUAGGCGUGUGUGGGUUACUUUGUUUUGUUUUUGUGUCCUACAGAUCUCUUUUUAGCCACGUGUUCUUUUACAAAGGUGAACACACGUCACUCUCCUUCUCCAGCAGCUGUAUCUCAAAACAGUGAGUUGGGUUUUGGUAGUUUGCUCCAUAUCACGCUUUUUUCCAGGCACACGAGUACAGGAGAAGCAGAAUUUGGUGACUGCUCCUCAGUUUUUCUUUUAGCUCUCCCUGCUCAGCAGGCUGGAUGUUGUGAGCUCUGUUUUUUGGGUACCUUAACUCAGACUUUAGGAAUGCUACUAGUAGAAUCUCAUGCUAAAAAUUAGGUAGACCAGGCCUUCGUGUCCCCACCACUACCUCCCUUUGGGGAUCUGGGUUUCAGUUCCCUAUUUGUGAUGACUGGAAGAAAAUGACUUUAAAUUGAGGAAAAUGAGUAAGUCUUGCUAGUCUAGUAGACGUAAAUACUAGUAGUUGGUGUGAUGGAGUUCAUUUAAAUGCUAGGUGACUCUUCGGAGUAAUUUAACCGUACAACAUUCCUAGCUAAAAGCUUCACCA